AUGUCAGAAAAGCACAAACAUUUUUCUUUGAGAAUAAAGAAUUUUGAAAACAAAAAUCAAGCCAUAAUCAUUGAUGAUGAUGAACCAAAAAUUUAAAAGUAAAUAAAGUAAAAUGAUAACUAAUUUGACAGUGAGAUUACUCCAUGGUUUAGUCAAAAGACAGCCUCUAUUAAACAUCCAACAAUUAGAUUUCACAAUGAGAUCAUCGAGUUUUAUGAUUACAUCUCUCCUACGAUUGAAGAGCACAGAAAAAGAGAGUAGGCAUUCAUGAGAGUUGAAACGUUUAUAAAAGGAGUGUGUUUCAGAAUUUUAAGACAAAACUUUAAUUUACCUAAUGCAGAUAUCGAUGUUGUAAUGAUUGACAAAAACAUGUCUGCAAAGGAAUUAUAUAAAAAAGUAGCUUAAAAUUUGAUGAAAAGUGAUAAAUUUGAAAAUGUGAAUUUAAUUGCCAAAGCUAAAGUACCAAUCAUAAAAUUCUUUGAAAUUGAAUCCUCAUAUCAAUUUGAUAUCUCCUUCAAUUAAAUGGAUGGCAUUAGGUAAAUCGAUGAAAUUCAAAAAGCCUUUACAAUUUACCCCGAAUUCAAAUACCUAAUAAUGAUAUUAAAAUGUAUAUUGAAACAACGUGACCUCAAUGAAACCUAUAGUGGUGGAAUAGGUUCCUUCUUACUUUUCCAAAUGAUUUUAGCAUUCCUAAGAGAAGUAAGAAAGGAAGCCUUUGCUAAUAAGAAAUAAGAACAACUAAAAAAUAUUACCCUUGGAGAAUAUAUUUUGAGGUUCCUAGAAUUUUAUGGCUCGAAAUUCGAUUACCAAAAAAAGCGAAUUUUGAUGGUUAAUGGAGGGAGCAUUGUUAAUAAGCCUACACCUGAUGAUAAAUUCUCUUUGAUCAGUCCAUAAGAUCCUGACCAUGAUAUUGGAAGUAGCAGUUUUAAAAUAAAGGAAAUAUUUAAAAUAUUCUCAAACAGAUAUAAUUUUAUGUCUCAUUAUAAUUUUAAGCCAGAAGAAUCUGUUUUGAAGUACCUCAUUAACCCUUCUGAUCAAAAAUUUACUUUUAUCAAGCAAAAUUGA